AUGAACAAGCGGGCGGAGAUCUUCUACAAGGGGCAGACGUUUAUUUUCAACAUUUACUCGCUGAUGCCGCAAGAGCAGCGCUGGAAGAGAAUCCUCAAUGAGAUCAACUACUUACACGUGAUGGGCUUCUGGGUGCUGCUGUUCGAUCUGCUGCUGGUGGUGCAUGUGGUGGCCAAUCUGAACAACAUGUUUGAGAUUGUGAGGGCCAUCUUUGUGCUGGCAACCAGCGCUGGGCACACCACCAAGCUGAUUUCCAUAAAGAUGAAUAAUGUGGCACUCCAGCAGCUGUUCGAACGUCUGGACGAUGAGGACUUCCGUGCUGUGGGUGCGGAGGAGUUGGCCAUAUUUGCGGCCGCCUGCGAGACGACACGCAAGGCGCGAGAUUACUAUGCGGCGCUGUCACUUUUAGCUCUGGCCAUGAUACUGAUCUCACAGUUUGUGCUCGACUGGUCGCAGCUGCCGGUGGGCACCUACAAUCCAUUCGUUGAUGGUCCGGGCUCGGCUGGAUACUGGCUGCUGUACUGCUACCAAUGCCUGGCCCUCUCCACCUCGUGCCUCACCAACAUUGCCUUCGACUCCCUGUGCUGCUCCCUCUUCAUAUUCGUCAAAUGCCAGCUGAACAUCCUGGCACUGCGUCUGCAGCACUUGGGCAAAGCUAACACCAGCAUCGACGUGCAGCUGAGGCAAUGCAUUCGCUACCACAUGGCGAUCGUGGACUUGGCCGAGAACAUCGAGCGGCUGUUCUGCCAACCGAUAUCGAUGCAAAUAUUCUGCUCGGUGCUGGUGCUGACAGCAAACUUCUAUGCCAUAGCCAUGUUGUCCGAUGAGAAGUUGGCGCUGUUCAAGUUUGUCAGCUAUCAGGCCUGCAUGCUGAUUCAGAUUUUUAUGCUCUGCUACUUUGCGGGGGAGAUCAUCCACUGCAGUGUUGGGUUGCCCCAUCGGCUGUACGACUCCAAUUGGAUGGACUGGAAUCGCUGCGAUCGCCGAAACGUUUUGCUUUUCAUGCAGCGUCUCCACUACGAGCUGAGGAUAAGAACCAUCAAUCCCAGUCGCGCCUUUGACCUGGCUCUCUUUGGCUCGGUUAAAUCCGUCGAAAAGUGGCAAACGUUCAGCAUGAAUCAGCAUCAAAGGGUCGCGGCGCACUUCUACAAGCAUCAGGUGUGGUACCUUCAGUUAUUGGGCAUCUGGGCCCUGCCCAGCUCGGCCACAGAUCAGCACCGUCGCUGGCAUCUGCUUCGAUUCUGUUUGAUCUUUGUCAUACUCAGCGGCAUGUUGCUGCUGUUCGCCAUGGAGCUGGUUAGCAGCAUUUCCAAUCUGCGGGCCAUACUCAGAGUGUUUUUCAUGUUUGCCACGGAAAUGUCCUGCAUGACCAAAUUGAUGCACCUGAAGCUGAAGGGUCGCAAGCUGGCCGGCCUCGUCAGCAUGAUGGAAUCCUCGCGUUUUGCCACCAAAAGUGAACAGGAGCAAAACCUCAUGGAGGCGGGCAGGGUGUCGGUGGUUAACUUGCGGAAUCUAUACGGCGUGUCGUCGAUAGUGACUGCCACCUUGAUCCUCGUUGUUCCAUGCUUUGCGGGAUGCACGGAGCUGCCGCUGUCCAUGUACGAGCUGUGCAGCAUUGAGGGUCGAGCCUGCUACUGGGUGUUGUUCCUCACCCAUGCCAUCUCGCUGCUGCCCACCUGCUGCCUGAACAUAGCCUUCGACUCGGUGGCUUUCAGUCUGCUCACGUAUCUGCGUGUCCAGGUGCAGAUGCUCGUGCUGCGCCUGCAGAAGUUGGGACCGGCAGAUGGUCCUCUGGAUAAUCAGCGCAUUAACAGAGAGCUGCGCGAGUGCAGCGCCUACUACAACAACAUUGUGCGGCUCAAGGACCUCGUGGAGAUGUUCAUCAGAGUGCCUGGCUCCGUGCAGCUGAUGUGCUCGAUUCUGGUGUUGGUGUCCAACCUGUACGACAUGUCCACCAUCUCGAUUGCCAAUGGAGAGGCCAUAUACAUGACCAAGACGUGCAUCUAUCAGCUGGUCAUGCUCUUGCAGAUCUUCAUCAUCUGCUACCCCUCCAACGAGGUCACAAUCCACAGCUCACGCCUUAGCCACAGCGUUUACAUGUCCCAAUGGACUACCUGGGACAAGCGAAACCGUCAAAUUAUCCUGCUGAUGAUGCAGCGCCUGGGCUCACCGCUUUGCUUGCGCACACUUAAUCCCACAUUCACUUUUAGUCUGGAGGCGUUUGGUUCUAUUGUGAACUGUUCCUACAGCUAUUUCGCACUCUUGAAGCGGGUUAACAGUUAG